AUGUCGUCCGCAGCUGUCAUGAACCUCGCGUUCAUGUUUGGCGCCAUGCAGGUUGCCAAACGUAUUCCUUUUGAUGAUAAGCCGGAAUACAUCCAAUACGCGAGAGCAGCGUACGUGGCUGCUCAGCUCUUUUGCGUACUCAUCAACUACUUCAUCUCUCUGCGGGUGAAAAAGGCAAACGAUCUUACAGUGUUGAAGUAUGUUGAUCCAAAGUCCCCCAUGUCUCAAGAGCCAGGAGAACUGGUCACCACGACACAUAGGGAGUACGAUCUUUCUGAGUGCAGCAAGGCUACACGUGGUGUAUUGAUGGGCACGAUCAUGGUCGGAUUCAUGCACUUGUACAUGGGCUACACCAACCCCCUGGUCAUCCAAUCAAUCCUGCCUAUCAAGAAUGCGCUGGAGAGCAAAGAAGCCAGGAUCUGGCUGUGGGGUCAGCCGGCCACCGGGGAGCUCAAGAGGCCCUUCAAGGCUCCUCCUGGCAUGUUCGGCAUGGCAGCGCCUGGCCCUGCCACGGACAAGGCUGCCAUCACGGCCGCCGAGAAGGCAGGAGGCAAGAAGGACGAAUAG